GUUACUAUAGGUCAAUGUGUCCUUCCACACGUGUGCUGCUGUAAUCUUCCAGAAGCAGCGGUAGGGGUGAGCUAGCCGGUUGGCACGUUCUGUCUAAUUUAUUCUGUCGUUACAAGCCUCAAUAUUUUUAUAUAGCCAUGCUGAAGUCGGUUGUCCGCGCGGUGGGAGCCGCUGUCCGCAUUUCCUCAGCCACGACGUCCACAGCCCGAGCUCUGCCUCUAAGCUGCCCGACUCUGUGCUCUCCGAGUUCGGCUACAGCUCGACCCUUCACCCGGUCUCUGUGGAUGCUGAACAGCAGCGGAGCCUCGUCAGGAUACAGGCCAAAGUUGUUCAGUUCAAAAGUGUUGUAUCCCUCGGUAUCGUGUGGAUGUGGAGGACUGCACACAGAAGGUGACAAAGCAUUUGGUGAUUUCCUGUGGGAUGAAAUCAAAGAAGAGAAGAAGAUCCAGAAAAACAAAACUCUUCCAAAGAUGUCUGGGGGAUGGGAGCUGGAGAUGAAUGGCACAGAGGCUAAACUCUCAAGAACUGUUUCUGGAGAAAAAAUCUCUGUCACAUUCAACAUCAACAACAGCAUUCCUCCUAACUUUGAGGAAGAGGUAGAUCAAGGACAGCAGAAGGCAGCAGAAGCAGAAGAGCCAGAAAUUGUGUCAACACCCAACUUUGUUGUUGAAGUUACAAAACAGGCUGCAAAACAUUCCCUGGUGUUUGACUGCCAUUUUCCUGAAGAUGAAAUGGGUCAUGGUGAUGGAGAGGACGAGAGUGACAUCUUUGCCAUUCGCGAGGUCAGUUUCCAGCCUGACGGAGAUGUAGAGUGGAAGGAGACCAGCUAUACACUUAACACAGACUCCCUGGACUGGGCCCUGUAUGACCACUUGAUGGACUUCCUGGCCGACCGCGGGAUUGACAACACCUUUGCUGAUGAACUGAUGGAGCUGAGCACCGCCAUUGAGCAUCAAGAGUACAUCAAAUUCCUGGAAGACCUCCAAAACUUUGUCAAAUGUAACUAAUAUUAGAUACAAGCUAAAUUUCACUUUUCUUCAGUACACAUCCUGGCAAUAUUGGAGAUAUGAUAAUACAGUAAAGCAAAUGUUGCAGCACUGAAUGAUUGAUUUGUUCUGCACUCUAAAGAGACUGAUGAGCGUGUCUGUGACAGUGAGCUUUGUUGCCAGCAACUGUCACAUAAAGACUUGGCUGCAAAUGUGUUUUUGUUGUUAAAAUGUGACUUUAUUUUUCUGUAACUUAAACAAUAUAGUUUAAAUUAAAUAUAUGAAGGCCAUAAAUAAUAGAGGUCACGAUCAGAAACCAUCAUUGUAAGAAAUGUCUCUCAAUUUUAGAGUUUCUGUCUGAACCACAGUGGUUCAGUAGGGUCCCAUCAGUACUUAUGAAUGUUCAUCAUCCCUCAAACCAAUAAAGGGCGAAUUUGUCAAGAUGUGAAAUCAAAACAUAAAACACCAACAGUUUACGAAAUCAAUAAAUAUGUGACAGCUUCUGGCAAUGCUGUUGUAAGUCUAACUUCUAGCUGGCAUGAUAAGGGAGUUCAUGUUGAGUGAUGCUGAUUUAACUCUGUCAGACCAUAACACAUGAAAACUAAAUUUGAAUGGCAAACAUCAGUGUGUGUUGAGAGAAUGGAAGGUCUGUGUCCAUUAAAACAGUUUGAUACAAA